AUGGCACAUAAGCAUUUCCUCGUACUCGGCGCAUCAGGAAGCCACUUCUGUGACCUCGCCCUCGAAGAAGGCCACACGCUCACCCUCUUCGUACGAAACGCAACCAAACUCCCCGAUUCCCUUCGCGAUCACGAUUCAGUAGCCGUUAUCGAAGGAAAGCUCGAAGACGACACCUCACUGGACGAAGUUUCGCAAUGUGAUGCCGAUGCAUUUAUAUCGUUUGCCGGACCGCCUGUCGGAAACAAAGGCACACCAUUGACGAAAGGAUACACGGCGCUGGUCCCUAAACUCCUCGUCCAGAAUAUAAAACGCCUUCUUAUACUAUGCACCGCUUCCUUCCACGGAUCCGAAGACCAGAUCUCCUUCAAGUGGCACUUGAGUCACUGGACGCUGAAAAUAUUCAGUCCCGAUCAAUACGGCGAGAUGAUCAGCGUGGGGGAAUUCGUGUCCUCGUUGGCGGCUGAUGAUGGAGUGCGAUGGACGUUGUUCCGGGUUGGGUUGUUGAGGAAUGGACCAGAGGCGGAGGUUGAGGCGACGCAUUUGGGGAGUGGGAAGGACGUGAUGUGA